GGCAGUCCGUGAUUUCCGUCUAUUUGGGCCACGACUCGAGUAUCGCUGUCAGUCAAAACGGCCGCAUACAGUGCGUCCUCGAGUUGGAGCGACUCUUUAACGUUAGGUAUUUUCGUCCCAACAUCCGCUUGGAAACCCAAGAAUACCAGAACGAGUGGUACAGGGCAAUGCGAGCAGUUGAGAGAGACUGCGAAUGUGAAGAUGGUCAGAAGCCCGCGCACUUCACAGAUGGCAUCAUCGUGUUUGCAGGUGAUUUCGAAUGCUACCAGCUGUUUAUGCGCGGUAUGGUUGGCAUGAUUUUCAAUGUGGAGCGGUGGCACAUGGUCGACCACCAUGAAGCACACGCAAAUUUGGGCUAUUAUGCAUCCCCAUUUUUCUUAACUCCCAGGACAACUCUUGUUGUGUCGUAUGACACAGCUGGCAAUGAUGGAUCGUUCAACGUCUAUGUGGCAUCGCGUGGCAAGUUGCAACGAAUUGCGCAAUUAGGAUACUCUCUUGGCAAUGCGUAUGACUUGGCGGGUACGCUGCUGCCUGAAGUGACGGGCCAUCCAUUAGAGGAUUUCGUGAACUGCAGCGACCCCGACGUCCUGAAUAUGUCGUCUGGCAUGAAGCUGGUACGCAUCGGUGCCUACCACGAGACCGCGUCGCAGAAGCUGAGUUGGGCGGGGAAACUAAUGGGCUAUGCUGCCAUCGGUGCUGCAAGGGAUGACCUGCGGGAGUCUGUGCGGUUUAUGUUCGAGGAAUGCCGAGCUGCUGUCCCAGGUAACGCUGCUGUGCCCGCGAACCUCGUGCGGACUGCUUGCGAAUCUGUGGAAGGUCAGAGGGCUGUGGCUGCAACCUUGCAGUCCGAGUUCGAGCACUUCCUGCAAACGCGGCUGGAGGCAUUCCUCCGAUUUUUGGGGCCUGGCAAGGUGGACAGCGUUGUUCUCACUGGCGGAUGCGCACUCAACGUGCUGACGAACCAGUUCGUGUACGACUCACUCUCCUCGGGCAAGUCCGGAGGUGUGAAAGACCGUGAUCCUGACUUCUUUGUACCAAUGGCGCCGAAUGACAGUGGGCUGACUGUGGGUGGUAUCUGGGCUCUGUUCCCUCCGCACAGCCAGCAGCGCUUGCAGUAUCUGGGCUUUCCUCUCUGGGAUCGCCAAGUACUGGCGGAGCAGGGGCGCCUGCGAGGGGCCAGGCGCCUCUCCAAGCUGGGCGGUGUUGACUACCUGGCAGAACUUCUUGCCGGAGGCGCUGCUUGGCAGAGGCAUCCCAACCGCACGGCUGACAAGCCCAUUAUUGCAGUGGUUCGUGGACGACAGGAGUUCGGGCCGCGGGCCCUGGGCCACAGGUCUCUGCUGGCUGUACCUGACUCGGAGGAGAUGCGAGACCGCAUGAACCGUCUGAAAGCCCGGGCCUGGUAUCGUCCGGUCGCGCCGAUGGUGGCUGAAGAGGCCUUGAUUCAGGUGUUUGGGCGACCGGUGCAUUCGCCGUACAUGACCAUGGCGCCGCAAGUGUUACCCGAGAUCCAACAGCGCUUCCCGGCCCUCGCACACUUAGAUGGCACCGCCAGGCACCAGUCCGUUAGCAAUCAAGACGAGCCAUGGGUCCACGCUCUCCUGCUGGCGGUGGGCCGGCUAACUGGCUUAGCUGCAUUGAUCAACACCAGCUUCAACUCCAAAGGCAAGCCGAUAGUAAACCGCGUGGUAGACUGUCUUCAGAUGCUGGAUGAGUUGCCGGACUUGGACUUCGUCUUGAUUGAAGAUUUCUUAUUCCGGAAGAGGAGAGCCGGGGCCACCUGA